AUGCUUUCUAAAAGGGCACAGCAAACCGUUCGAGACGAUUUUCUUGAAACUAACUUCAAGAAAGUAUCUGCGAACACCUAUGAUCCUGCAAAUAAUCCAGAGGGGUUUGUCAACUUGGGAACGUCGGAAAACAAGUUAUGUGAAGAUUUAUGGCUGAAAAAGAUUGAUGACAUAUCGGGGUCGGUUGAUUUUGCCAGCAGAGACAUGCUAUAUUACUAUCCUUACCAUGGUUUGGACUGUGUGCUGAAGACAUUCUGCAAGUUCAUUGAGGAACAUUUCAAAAGUAAAAUGAAAAUCGAAAAGGAAAGUCUGAUUCUGUUGGAUGGAGUCGCAGCAACACUGAAUGGCUUAGCCUUUACUCUGGCGGAUGUUGGCGAUGUUUUCCUGUGCCCUACUCCGAUGUACCCGAGGAUUAGAAGCGAUAUGUUAGACAUUGGCGGAGUUGAUAUCUACGAGGUACCAAUGUUUGAUGAACAAUCACAGGAUGAUCCAUGCAAAAUGCGCAGCGAUUUGUUGGAAUUGUACUUGCGGAGAGCAAGAUUGGAAGGUUUCAAUGUCCGCGGAGUGAUUAUAGCCAGCCCUUGUAACCCAACAGGCAAGGUAUACACGCCCCAAGAAAUUACAGAAGUGUUGGAAUUAUGUAAACGGGAAAAUCUCCACGCCAUCUUCGAUGAAAUAUAUGCUUUAUCAACGCAAGGUCAAGGUUGUUUCAGAAGUGUCUUGUCUAUGGAUAUACCAGAUCUAGAGAAGACCCAUUUUAUUUGGGGUUUCAGUAAGGAUUUUGGACUUUCGGGAUUCCGAUGUGGUGUGGUAUAUUCCCAUAAUGCAAGAGUCAUAAGCCAUCUUCAGAAAAUUGCAAUGUUCUCUGCUAUACCCGCACCUACUCAGAUUCUUAUCAAUGGCAUACUCUCCGACAAAGAAUGGAUCGACAACAGCUAUUUUCCAACCUAUUACAACAGAGCAAAGGAGGUUCAUCAACUUGUCAAAGACGUAUUAGAGGAGUUCAAUAUUCCAACAGCAUACAGUGGUCGAAACGUAAUCUUCAUAUGGAUGGAUCUCUCUGAGUUUAUGAACGGACGGACGAAAGAGGAAGAAACAAAACUGUUUAACAAGUUGAUGCAUGCUGGUCUGUAUAUUUGCCCUGGUAUGGAGCUGUGUUGCCACAUUCCAGGUUGGUUUCGACUGACUUACACUUUACCGAAGCAGGAACUUAAAGAAGGCAUCAGACGUUUCCGUGCAUUAGGAGGACGGGCAUCACUGGUUCUCACCCAACUCCUGAAUCUCUCACGUGCUGACUCCAAGCGUCACACCCCGGCUAACCGCUUCAUCUGGCGGGCUAAACCAAGUGAGGGGGUGGUGUUGACACUGCACCGCUGGGCGAAGGAUCUCCAAGAAGCAGAUCACCGGCCAGGGCGGAAGGGGUUCAAAACCAUUUCAACGGCUAAAUGUCCGUGGCCAGGGCGAGUCUCCGAGUUAGGGGAAGUCGGCCGUGGCCAGGCCUGGAGAGGGAUAGGCUCCGCCAGGCGUCAUUGCCUAUGA